UUAUGAUCGAGGAGUUCAGAAAAACCAAUAAGCUCUCGCUAGUUCAAAAUUUCAACAAACGAUGUAUACUUAUAUUGCAAAGAUAUUCAUCGUGUAUUUUGUACAACAGUCAGGCGCAUUUUACCUCAUUGGGACCUAUCAGUAUCAAAAUAUCAUGUCAUUUAUGAAGGGAGAACACGGAUGUAGAUUUAUUCCUUGGAAUAUUUCAUCGAAUAUUGAAAAAGAAUAUAUUUCAGAAAAUUCAAGCACUGGAGAGUUGUGUAUGGUUUUCAUGACGCCGGAUUACAGUUUAUAUGCAUUGUCACAGAUAAACAAUGUCAAUGUAAAAUACGAAUCUUUUGGUAUAGAGAGCAACAUCAGAAUAGCAAAACCUCCGUGUUCAUCUGAUUAUGAUCAUUAUCUACAAAAUGUGACAUUGAUUUUGAUCUGUCAAGGAAAAAAAGUUCUCGGUGACAAGUGCCAGAUACACGAACAGUGUACAGGUACACCAAAUGCUGGCGUUUGCAUGGCUGACCCACAGGAUAACGUAACGUCGAGCUGUCAGUGUAAUUCUGGAUUUAUGACUUACAAUGGCACAUGUUUACAAGUCAAUAAAACACUUUAUGAGGAAUGUGUGAUCGAUGCCCAGUGUAACGGAACCUCAAAUAAGGAAGCACUAGUUUGCAGAGAGAUAGGCCACAGGAAACUUUGCAUGUGUAAUUCAGAUUACAUAGAAGACAACACAUAUUUGGAAUGUAUCCAUGCUAAAAAGAAAAUUCAUGAAGAAUGUAAAAUGAACGAGCAAUGCACUGGUACGGAAAAUGCAAAUAACUGUUUUAAGGAAGGAAAAGAUGAAAAUGAAAAAGGAGUGUGCACAUGUAACAACCGAUAUGAUUUGAUAAAUGGAAAAUGCAUUAAAGUUAGAUUGAAAUUAUUUGAACCAUGUAUUAACAACAAGCAAUGCAGUGGGACAGACAAUGCAGGAAAUUGUACAGAAAUAGAAAACAACACAUUAUGUUACUGUCAAGAUGAAUAUUUAGAUUUCAAAGGAAGAUGUAUCAAAGGAAAUAGAACCCUUAAUGAGGAUUGUGAAGCUAGUAUUCAAUGCAAUGGAACGGAACAUGCAGGUGUAUGUGGGGAAAACCAUACGUGUACUUGUGACAAGGAGUUUAUCAGACUUAAAGAGGGUUGUCUGCCAGCUAAAAGACACUUACAUCGGUUCAGUGAAAAAGAAAAUCAACUACUUUUUAUAGCUGUGGGAGGAGCAUUGUUUGGUCUAUUAUCGUGUUCAGCCACAACACUUUUGUUUGCAAUGAGAAGAAGAAAAGAAUCAAGAACAACAAGACUAGAUUGUAGCAGUUCUUCACGUUUACCCAUGAGGAGCAUCCACUACUCCGUUGCAGAUAAUUAUAUGUUUGGAAACUUAAAUGAUGCAGAGGUAAAUAUACAAAGUAAUAUCGAUCGGACCGAAAACAUCUAUGACGAAGCACAUCAAAGGGACCAAGACGAUGAAACUGUGAACGUGUACAGUGUUUCAGAACCCCAAUGCUACCAGAGAGAGGAGGAGGAUUCUGACAACGACACAUACAGUCACCUUCACCAGAGACCUCCACAGAUGUCUGACGGUGUAUAUGGUGUGCCAUCAUCAAUUUUGGUUCUGUCCUCUCCAAAGAGUCAGGAGAACACUGUUUCGGAAUAAUUCAUCAUUCAUUAUUCAAAUAAUGCACGUUUCAUUUUAAAGAGUAUCAAUUAGCCAAGUACCAAAACACUUAGAUAUGAUUUUUCAUGCAUUUGUAAAUGCUGUAAAUGAGCAUGUACGUGUAUAGCGGUUUUCCUACUGCAUUUUUUAGUUAAUGUUAGAUUUCUUUACAUGAACCAAAUCAAAAGAAUGAGGCAACUUAUGAAAACAUUUUUGAAGAGUGAUUAUUGUUAAAUGAAAAAUUUCAAUUGUUAGAGCACAAGGAAAAAGUUAAAUGGGAAAGACAGGACACUUUAAAAACAUUACACAGCGUAUCGAUGGGUGGACAGUACUGACGACGUCUGUUGAAUUACAUCACUGUAUUAGGUAUCAUUCAUCCCCAGUACACCAGUUACAUCCAGAAAAGGCUGGUAGACAGCCAAAAGAAGCUGGUGAAAGAUUAGAAUCGGGGUUAUAAGGGACUACCGUUAGAAAGCACGUUACAUACCUGUAAAUGUAAUUCAAGAAAGCAUUGUCCUUAGAUCUCUUAAAAAGGAAUAUCAGAACACACAAUAUAAGUAUCGUAGCUGUGUUAUUGUUCAUACUUAAUAUAUUCUUAUGUGUAUCCGUUUCUUACUUUUAUUCUUCUUAAAUAUCUGUAAUGCAAAUGCUCCUGCAAAACAUUAUUAAAAGCAAAACAUUACAUUCAACAAUCCAAUCAUAUUUGUUAACAUUUCACAAUUAAUUUGAAGUAAUGUCGUCACAAUUGAGAUAUUUAAGAUAUAUUUUUCUGAAAGAUAAAUCUUGUAUUCAACAGUUAUCAAUUUUGAUUCCAACGAUCCCCAACUAUGCUACUUAAAACACAACCUUUUUAAAACUUAGUUGUACAGUAAAUCAACGAUUAAGUAACUUUUGCGUAAACUCUACAUCUAAUUAAGGGUAAAUAGAAAUAACAUGCAAAUCUUCCUCAGUAAGAAAACAUUUUUUGCACAAGGUAUCUACAGGUUGAUUAGAUCUAGAUAGCAAAAUUGUUAACCCUCCAUUUAAUCACUUAUUUGUUGAAUCUUAAAGCCAGUGAAACAAUUUGAAUUUAAAUCUCAUCGGCAGAGUGUUUGGAUUUUAAAACCAAGGGACCAAAUUUAGAGAAGAACAUCUUGAAAAUAGAACUUAUCUGAAGAGUGCAUAAACACGGCUUAAACUAAUGAUAAAAAUAUCAACUUUGGCAAUUCUGAA